CUUCUUUGCAGUAGUAUGCAGGCAAAGUCGAGCGAACUCGACGGUCGGUCGACAAGACCAGCUCACUUCCCAACUGCAGCCCUUCGACGCACACAGCCAUGGUCGCCCCAGCAUUUUCAAUGACCGCUGCAGUCGUGUCGGCCGCCCUCUUCAUGCCAUCGGUCCAAGGCCACGGGUGGCUGAUCAAUCCCAAAGUCACAUUCCUCGACCCGUACGGCGACCCGUCCAAGUUUUGCGGCGUAGUCAACGGCAACAAGCUGUACCCGAGCGACAACUUUAACUUGAGCCCCCUAGACAACACAAAGGCGUUCCUGGCGCGGUUUAAGGUCGACUACACGAGCCUAAAGCAGUUCUUUGACAAGAACGACAACUGCGGCGAAUGUGGCAUCACAAAGUUUGGUGAUGCGCAAAAGUUGCCGGCGAAUGGAGUCGUGCAGUGGCGCAAUGGCGGUGAAGGGUUUGUCUCGUCCCAUGAAGGCCCGUGCGAACUCUGGUGCGACAACACGCUCGUGUUUCAGAACGACAACUGCGCACGCAACCUUCCAUCGGGCGACAUGCAGAUUGACGUGGCCAAGUGUGCAGGAUCCAAGAAGUUUAUUGCCCUCUGGAUUGCGCUGCACUCGGUCGAUUGGCAGGUGUACAAGAACUGCGUCGCAUUGCAAGACGGCGUCGGUCCCAGUCCCCCGUCGCCCACUGCCACUGCUGUGACGCCCACGCCGCCCAGCUCCAACACAACCACUCCCGUCCCGCUUCCGUUGCCGACCAAGAAGCCCAUGACGCCUGCCCCUGCACCUACCACGGCGACCCCAACUCCAUCGACGCCCGCGCCGUUGAAACCCACCACACCUACUCCCGCCACGAGCCCCAGCCAGUAUGCGGGCGGGUGGCAGCAGUGCGGUGGCAACGGCUUCACCGGCGCAAACGAAUGCGUCCACGGGUAUCAUUGUCAGGUGGUGACGGAAUGGUUCCACCAGUGCAUCCCGAACGUCGCGGGUCCAGGCGACCUCAAAACGUACGAGCAGUGCGGCGGUCGCGGCUGGAAUGGCGUUGGCAAGUGCAAAGAUGGCGACACGUGCAAGGCUUUGAGCCCAUGGUUCAGCCAGUGUGUGCCAUCCUAGUCCGCUUAGAUGGUUGGAUUCUCUGUAGGUAAAUAUGUAUGAAUCGCAAACGACUUGGCUCGA